AUGGCUCCUUCCAGCGCCGCUGAGGGCGAGAACGAACAGGCACCUCAGUCCCCCACUGAGUCUGUUAUAUCAACCGUGUCUUCUGAUGGUGAAGGUGCAAUUCGAAAUAUCGGAAAGAAAUCCCUAGCCCAAGAGAUUGAAGAUGUUAUGGAGCGCGAGAACCGAAACCGCAAUGGAGACACACAAACAGUCGCCGAGAGCUCCGUCGGGCAUGAGAUUCUUGCCUCAUUUCUUGGCUGCCCAGCUGAAGACUUGCCCUCUGAACUCACCUUUCACGAGAUCUUGAAGAUACAGGAGCGUGUUCAGCAGGAGAAGUGGGAUGCACUAGGGCUGCCAGAACUAACUACUACUACCAUUCUCGUGAGCGCAAUCAUUUGCUGCCUACUUGUCCUUGGUGCUGCAUCUUAUGCCUAUUGA